AUGUCCCCAACACCAUCGGCAAUGUCAUCGUCCCUGAACUCGGACAAAGUAAAGGUGAAGUUCCCAACCAAUAAAAAGGAAGUUUCCAACAAUGCAGCUACUGCGGACUGUAGUGGGAGCCGAAAGUGCCUCCAUUGCACGACGGACAAGACGCUGCAAUGGAGGACCGGUCCAAUGGGGCCAAAGACACUAUGCAAUGCAUGUGGAGUGAGGUACAAGUCGGGCCGUCUUGUCCCAGAGUACAGGCCUGCAGCAAGCCCGACAUUUGUACUGACGAAGCAUUCCAAUUCACACCGCAAGGUUUUAGAGCUGCGAAGACAGAAAGAGCUACAAGAAUUCCAGUUUUUCCAUCAAAACAUGAUGUUUGAUGCAUCUGAUGGUGGUGAUUACUUGAUUAAUCAACUUAACGGCCCAAUAUCAGACAACUGA